AAAUUGUGGACUGGAUUGUGCGCCAAGAUUAUGGAACGGAAGGCAACGUUGAGUCGGAAAUUUAGAAGGCAGAGAGAUACUGAAAACGGUGAAGCUUCGAAAAACUGGAAAUCGACCAGAGGAUCUGAAAUCUCAUCUCAGCCUCUGGGCUAGAUCGUGUCAUCAAGGGCAGGUGACACAUUCGAGUUCGGCGCAAAUUGAGUAAAUUAAUUGAGAUAUAGAAGUCUGAUCUAGAACUGCAAUCCAGACAAGUUUUGAGGUUACUAACUUAUCGCAAUGUAGCCUUCUAUUUCGAAUCUUUUACAUCUCAUCGGCAAGAACCGUAGACAGUGGAUCUCAGAUCUCUAUCGACGAUGAAUCAACGGGGCCCAGACAUAGCAGUCUGACCAGUAUAAUUAGUGUGCUCGGUGAGAAGCGUUAAAUGAGAGAAAACUGAAUUUCGUCAGGAAAAUCGCAGAUCCUACAGUGGGCUGCCAUCUCGUGAAUGCCAUCAAAGGUUCAUCGACGGAGCUGACCCUGGAAAUACCAUCUCGCAGGUUACGAUUAGUUUUAAGGUGUAGACUUCUGUGUUUAAGUCAUUAUCACUCACGUCGUAGAUGUCACUGUUUUGUCUCCCAAUGAGUGUUGUUUCUAUCCUAGUCAGUUCGAUCGAACCCGGAGCGUUGAUGAGAAGAAGACUCUGCUCCUCCUCCUCCUCUCCUCUUUGGUCUAGACUUCGAAAUGCUCCUCGCACAAUCCUGCAGGCUUCACUGCCAGAAGAAGUCCUCUAGUUAUGCGGACACCAACGACCCCUGUGAAAUUUAAUCUCCCGUAUUAACUUGCUUGGCCCCAAGGAGUUUGAAUGUUAGUCUAAACAUCCACGAAGCUAACAACAGCAAUUCAGGUGCGAUUUGUUUUGAGAACUAGGAAGUUAACACUUGGAGUUGUUCAGGCAAUGGUAUCUUGUUUUGAUGAAGUUACUCCGAUCCAUCCGUCUAAGAUUUUCGUCUCGGGGAUUAGUAUAUGAAAAUUUUACAGGCUACAUUCCGAUCUUCAAUCCAAUCGAGUAGAGCAAAUCCAACGCCGAAUGCCCUUGUUCGUUGUUGAAUCCAAGAGAUAGAAUGGCAUCGUCCAGAUACGGAAGUUCGUCCCAUUCCUCUAAGAAAUCUAAAAGACGAAAGUUUUCCGGCUCCGGCUCCGGCUCCGGAGGACAUGGCUACGAACCCCGUGACCAAACAGCAGUAUCCGGGACCUUCGUAGGCAAUCCAUAUCUGUUGGCAGAUCGCCUUUCAGAAGUGUAUAAGCUAGUAGACGACCAUCAGUUCUUCGAUAUGUAUGAAGAGGAAACCAAUUCUAGACUCGGGCAGGGAAAUUGUGCUGUAGUGAACAAACUCAAGAAUACAAAAACUGGCGAAGUGCACGCAGUCAAGAAGAUAAUUAAGAAUGAAUUCUGGGAAGAAUGUCCAAUGCCAAUUUAUAAAGUCAACCUGUUUUGCGAAGCUGCCUGCUUCCUCGAGAUCAUCCCAAAGCAUGAGAACAUCGUUAACCUGGUUAGGAUAUACGAGUCACCCAAUCACCUCUAUUACGUCAUGGAAUGUCUCGCACCGUUCACUCUGAAAGACGUGUUUAAAUCAUUCACAUGUGCAGAAACUCGCACUUGUUUCUAUAGAAUCCUGCAGGCUAUAGACCACCUGCACCAGCAUGGAAUAAUCCACGGCGAUAUGAAGCUGGAGAAUAUUUGCGUCAAGAAGGAGGACAAUCUAUUUCCCAUUCUCAUAGAUUUCGGUAAUUGCCGAUUCGAUCCAAGUAUGGUACGAAAGACAAAGUCACCGGCGUUCAAUUAUAACGAACUCUUCACGCCUUUCGAGCUCAAAGAACUGAGGGAAUUUUUCCCCAAGACUGAUAAAGUCGGAGACGUUCCUCAGCUAGCCAACAUUCUGCGGAUGCUUCUUACGGGACAGCCUCACCUUAAAAAUAGUGACAAUUGGGAACAUUACCCUAUGAAGCCGGAAACCAGUCCCGACGCCUUGGCAUUGCUAGAGUUUAUGGAAGACUCAAAGCUUAUUCAAAAUACCACAGUGGAGCAGCUCAUGCAGCACUGCUGGUUUGAUCCAGAGCGGCUAGCCGGUGGAAGUUCUUCCUCUGGCUGAGCUCAAAGGUUCUCCUCGAUGAUCUCAGUUGCAUGCCCAGAACUGUGCUCAGCGGUCUGGCAGUCCCCUAACCCGUUGGUGUGAUGCCAGAGCUCAUGUGCGAGCGAUUCCAGGUGGAUGUGAAAUUGUGAUAUCGGAAGAACUCGAAAGAAUACUGACAAGUAGAGAAAUUUCAGGAACAUACUGAAGGAGAAAGGCCGAGCUUAUGGUCAUCCUUACCAGUGACCUUAAACCUCAUGGGCCAAGAUUCCGAAGUUAGAUACAACAAGCUUGAAAUUGGUCGCGUACCUUUCACUAGAAUGAUCUGCAAAGGAUUUUAUCGCCAUACCAGGCUUUGGUGACUCUUCCUUAUAAGCUUACAGUUGUCUAAUUAAGCCUACUAGUCGCUAAUACAGAUCCUCGCUGCAAUAUCUAAGAAAACAUCUGCUUGUUGUAAGCCUGAUAUUUGAUCAAAAUAUAUUUCGUUAAAUCCCAUCAUGGGCCAGCUUUGGUGCAAAUAGAUGCCAAGAUUGAGCAUGAAUCAGAAGAAUAUUCCUCCGCCCUGUUCUCUCCUAAACCCA